UGACAGGCUCAAGCAGAGGCCCUUUUUCAAAAGGCCGAUCUCCGUUCUCCGCCACGGUCGGACCUUUUCGCCAUGGCCACGCCGCUGACGCUGUCCAUUGGCUCGCUAGGAAAGGAACCCUUCGACGUGGACGUUCUCGAAACAUACACGGUCAGUGAGUUGUGCAGAGUGAUCCUGGAGAAAUUGGACCUAGAUCCGACCAAGCAGCACUUGAAACUGAUCUUUGAUACCACGGUCUUGGAGGAUCCAACUCAGACUCUGAGCGCGUACAAGCUGGAGACAGGAAGCAGCCUGCUGCUGUUGCUGGAGAAUCCUGGUCCCAUCGUCCUUCAGGCGACCAUCAACGACCGCACCGCGAGCGAUGAUCCGCUUCCGGCAGCCAGGUCUAAGGAGCUAGCGCAUAGUGUGUCCAGCAUCGAAGUCUCGGCCAAAUGCUUCAAAGAUCAGGACUGGGGAAAUGCCAAGUCAGCAUUGUUUCUGACUCUCAAGCGUGGUGAUGGAGAUGUGUUGCUGCGCAAGAACCUCUAUGGGACCUACAGGGGCCAAGACUAUCCGUACGGCAAGCAGCCCCCAGCAAUCACCUUCACCGAGAGUGACGACAUGGUCUCCCUGGCUGAGCCAGGCUGUUUCUACCAGAUGGAGUAUCGGGUGGGUCAUGGAGGUGGGCACAAGAUCACAGUGGAAGAUUGGGUGGUCAAAAUUUCCUUCGUGAGUUCUUCUUGCACUGAACCUAGCGAUGUGGUUCACUUCAGAACUGGAGCCCAGACCACACGCUCGAGAAGGACCCUUCCUUGCUAGUGGUUUAAGA